AUGGUGCGAGUAGGGAUCAAUGGCUUCGGAAGGAUCGGGAGGCUGACCAUGAGGGCAGCCUGGGACAUGAAGGAACUGGAGAUCGUUCAUGUCAACGAGAUCAAGGGAGGAGCGAAGACAUCUGCCUACAUGCUCCAGUUCGACUCUGUUCAUGGCCGAUGGAAUCACGAAUGCCGGGAGGCUGCCGAUGGCAAGUCCUUCACCGUCGACGGCAAAGUGAUCACCUUCUCGGAAUCGCCCACCAUCGAGGGUGUUCCAUGGAAGGAGCUCGGCGUCGAGCUCGUGCUCGAGUGCACUGGGACUUUUCUCAGCACCAAAGUCCUGCAGCCAUACCUCGACUGCGGGGUCAAGCGGGUGGUGGUGAGUGCUCCUGUGAAGGAACCGUCCGUCCUCAAUGUUGUGAUGGGAGUCAACGACGACAAGCUGACCAAGGACCAUGUCAUCUGCACGGCAGCGUCGUGCACUACCAACUGCCUUGCUCCUGUUGUGAAGGUCAUCCACGAGAAGAUCGGAAUCGAGAAGGGGAUGAUCACUACGGUCCACAACGUCACCGGGACCCAAACCCUGGUAGAUAUGUGCGACACGGGCAAGAAGCAGAUCAGGCAUGGUCAACCUGUCCCCACCUCCACAGGCUCUGCUACGGCGAUCGCUGAGGUGUUCCCCGAGCUGAAGGGGAAGCUCAACGGGCUGGCAGUCAGAGUCCCCUUGUGCAACGGCUCCAUCACAGACUGUGUCUUCGAUGUUGCCAGGGAUACGACGGUGGAGGAGGUGAAUCGUCUCCUGAAGGAGGCCUCCGAGACUGCGCCCCUCAAGGGCAUCCUUGGGUUCGAGGAACGCCCGCUGGUCUCGACUGACUACAUCAACGACGAUCGCUCGUCCAUCGUUGACGCCGCCUGCACCAUGGUGGUACAAGGCAAGAUGGUAAAGAUCUACGCCUGGUACGACAACGAGUGGGGAUACUCCAAGAGAAUGGCGGACCUUGCCCAGAAGGUGGCAAAAGAUUACCUUGGAGCCUGA